AUGUGACAGACUGAGUUCACACCGGACCAGAUUGAGGACUUCAAGGAGGCUUUUGGUCUCUUUGACAGAGUUGGUGACAGCCAGGUGGCCUACAACCAGGUGGCUGACAUCAUGCGUGCUCUGGGCCAGAAUCCCACCAACGGGGCCGUUAAUAAGAUUCUGGGCAACCCAACUGCUGACGACUUGGCCAACAAGAGGCUCAACUUCGACGCUUUCUUGCCUAUGCUGAAGGAGAUCGACGCUCAACCCAAGGGAACCUAUGAUGACUACGUUGAGGGUCUGCGCGUCUUCGACAAGGAGGGCAAUGGCACAGUCAUGGGUGCUGAGCUGCGUAUUGUGCUGUCCACUCUGGGAGAGAAGAUGAACGAGCAAGAGAUUGAUGCCCUUAUGGCCGGCCAGGAGGACGAGAACGGCAGUGUGCACUAUGAGGCUUUCGUCAAGCACAUCAUGUCUGUGUAA